AUGGACCAUGCGAACCCCAGCAACGUUAAGGAGGCCCUGAACGCACAAGGUAUUCUGCUCGGAAAGCAUGACCAGCUCCUACAAGGACUGAUGGACGCCAUGCAGAACCUCACCCACAACGUUCAGGGAAUCGCAUCCCGGCUUGACGGGAUAGCCACCCCCAACCCUGGAUCCUCCCCCGAUGCAUCCGUGAGUACUCCUUCCGAAACCGCUCCCUCUUCUCGUUCUUAUCGUGAACCUAAGGUACCCACUCCCGAGCCGUACGCCGGAGAGCCCUGGUCUUACGCAGAAGAAGCCUUCGACAGAGUGGAGUGGAGCUACUUGUUUGACGUGCUUUCACACUUUGGCUUUGGAAACUAUUUCCAAAAAUGGAUAGGAAAGGUCAAGUACAUUGUGGAAACAUUAGGUCAGCCACCAGACUGUCAGCUGAACUGUGCACUCGGGACCUCACUGUACUUCAAGCUCCUUCAGAACAAGCAUGGGGAGAAGUCAUGGACUCUAAAGAGAGCGUGUUGCAGCAGCUCAGAGGAGGAGGAGCUGUUCAACUUUGUGGACCUCCUACAAACGAUGCUGCAGGUGGACCAGUACGCCCGGAUCAUUCCGAUGAACGUACUGCGUCACCAGUUCCUCGCCGUCCAGCAGCACAGCAACAGCAGCGACAACACCAUCCAAGAGCAGCUGUCGGCAGACACGGAGGAGGCCGAACCGAUCCUCGCUCAGCAGUCCUCGUCACCGGAGACUGUUGAGCCUCACGUCACAACUCCUCAUGACGCGCCAGUUGAAACUGUUUUUGAGACAUCAGAGGACAACAAAGAGCCACAAUUGGAAGAUGAGCAGGAAAAAGCAGAAGAAGUGACUUUAACACCUGCUGAGGACUCGGCUUCAACUCCCAUCAGUGUGUCUGCAACGGUGGAGGAUGAGGAGACGGCCAGCAUCCAGCCUGAGAUCGUAGCUGAGACCCAGAGAAAGACAAAGAAGGGCUUGUUCAGGAGGCUGAUGAGGCGGAUCGGCAAA